AUGGAUUUUUCUGAGAAUUUAUUGGCGAUGGAACAACCAUGGGGGAUGUUCUGUCAAACGUUUGCUGAUUCAUGGUUUUGCGACGUCUUUUCUAAAGCAAUAGAAGCCCUAACAAAAGUAUUGCAGAAUUCGUUUGCAAAUCCAUCGAUUGAGAAUAAUUCUAGUCAUGAAAUUUCCACGGAUACGGUUGAGUCUUUUCUUGUUACUCUCGAAUCGACGCCUGUGCAGACACCCACUGCCGCGAGAGGUUUACGAAGUGGAGUUCCGGAUGUGGUGCAAGACGAAGACUCAGCUGCUGCUGGAGAAGCCAUGGAAAAAGAAGGAAAUGCUCCUGCAGAAGGUGGAGAAGAAGAUGGCAAUGAACUAUGCACUGAGGCAGUGUUGAUUUUCUUGGGUUUUGUCUCCGAUCGUCCUGCUUUUGCUGUUUUUGUGUUGAUGAAGUGUUGA